AAAGAAACAUUAAAACCAAAGAAGCCUGGAGAAUGGGAUCGAGAAUGGGAUGUUGGCAAGACAAGUGUUGAAAAUUGGAAAGAGAAUGUACCCGACAUCGACAACAACAAAAAAACCAAUGUGCAUUUUCUGCGUCGACUGAAAAGUUACAGUAAUGGUGGCAAAUGGAGCAACAAUGUGACAUCGAAAAAGAUAGUUGAAAUUAAGGAGAAGAAGCAAAAAUUCGAAGGCCCCAAGAUAUUUAAUGGCGAAAAUUCGAAAAAUUUGAAAAGUUCGGAUAGCGGAAACAAUGGCGGUACUGUAUUACGGAAUACUCAUUGUAUGAAACCGGUGAGUGGAGUGAAGCAGCCUCGUAUAUCUUCCAAUGGACAAUCAAACAGACAACCAACUAGAAGUUACAAGAAGUCGUCAUCGGGACCAUCCAGAAAGCGAUAUUCCACUCGACGAAUUGCUUCCACUGCUGUUGCCGUUCCGGUACCGGUAGCGGUUAAAAAACAUUUGGAUACAGUUAAAGUGAAUGUUUCGAUGCUUGAAUUGAAAAAGCUUAAAGAGUUUGACUCCCCUGGCUGUGUUGACUUUAUGGCGCAACUGAUGCAACUGUGCUGGCCAAUUGCGCAACUAAUGUCUUGUGAUGCUGCUGAGACGAUCGCUAAAAGCAAUAAUAACAUGGGCAAAGUUGACAACAACCUCCAAAAGCUGUCAACAGUCGUCGUUGAUGUUGUGGCAGCCUCAACAGCCCCAACCCCACCCAUUGUCGAAGAAUACGGUAAUUGA